GAACCUACUAGAAAAGUGCCUGAAUUCUAAUCAGAUCAACUGUGCCACAUUCACUCAUAUUUUUCACGCAGACACACGAAGCUGUCGUUCUAAUAGACAGUCGUCAAUAGUGACACAUCAUUGUUGGCGGAUAAUUAUGAGGAAAGACGGAAUGCCGGCCUCCGUCUCCGGCCACUCAGUCGGAAAAAUGUUUCUCUGCUUUGAGACCAAGCCAGCGGUGGGCACAUUACUGGCUUUUACUCUUGUAAUGAUCAUUUGGAACCUUCAGCCGUACUACGAAGACCUUAUCUCCACCACUAAUCGGUGCUCAGCCACCACCUCCGGCGCCAAUGAGUCUUUGACAAUAAGGCCCGGAAGUGCCGAUGUCCGUGGCGGUGUGGGUGUGGUGACGCUGGCGGAGCAGAAACUCGUGAAUCCCAGUCCGCCAGCUGACCCAAACAAGCGUACUUUUCAAGCUUUCGGCAACGCCGCCGCGCUUUUUGUACAAAUGGGUGCCUACCGCGGCGGCCCCCGGACCUUUGCGGUUGUCGGUUUGGCUUCGAAACCUAUUCACGUUUUUGGCAAACCGUGGUACAAAUGUGAGUGGAUACCCAACAACGGGAACUCUUCGGUUAAGGCUAAGGCCUACAAAAUGCUCCCCGACUGGGGCUACGGCCGUGUAUACACCGUAGUGGUGGUGAAUUGCACAUUUUCUUCGAACCCCAACGCGGAUAAUAGUGGUGGCAAGCUGGUGCUCUACGCCUACUACGGCGAAUCAUCUCGAAAAUACGAGAAAUUCACCGCCAUGGAAGAGGCACCGGGGUCGUACGACGAGUCCCAGUACAGCCCACCGUAUAAAUACGAGUAUUUAUACUGCGGAUCUUCUUUGUACGGGAACUUGAAUGCUGCUAGAGUAAGGGAAUGGAUGGCCUAUCACGCCUGGUUCUUUGGGCCCAGCUCGCAUUUCGUGUUCCACGACGCCGGAGGAGUGUCGGCCGAGGUGAGGGCGGCGCUGGAGCCGUGGAUAAGAGCUGGUCGGGUGACUCUACAGGACAUUAGAGCUCAAGCCGAGUACGAUGGGUACUAUUACAACCAGUUCUUGAUAGUGAAUGACUGCCUCCACCGCCAUCGUUUUUCUGCAAAUUGGACUUUCUUUUUCGACGUUGAUGAAUACAUUUAUCUUCCUAAUGGGAACACUCUGGAAUCAGUGCUUAAAGAAUUCUCAAAUGUUACACAAUUCACCAUUGAGCAAAAUGCCAUGUCCAGUGUACUGUGCUUGAAUGAUUCCACUCAGAACUAUUCCAGGCAAUGGGGUUUCGAGAAGCUGCUAUUCCGCGACUCGAGGACGAGGAUUAGACGAGAUCGCAAGUACGCAAUACAAGCAAGGAAUGCCUAUGCGACCGGUGUUCACAUGUCCGAGAACGUAAUAGGUGGUACAUUGCACAAGACGGAAAAGAAAAUCCGGUAUUACCACUACCAUAACUCUAUCACCGUGCACGAAGAGCUCUGCAUCAAGUUGAUGCCUCCAUUUGCCAAGAUGGCCACGACGUGGAUCAACAAACUCCCCUACGUCUACGAUGACAACAUGAAAAAACUGGCCCCUGCAAUCAAGGCUUUCGAGCAAAACACCAUUGGAUCCCAACACCAACUGCAUUCAUAAUAAAAGUCCAAUUAAUUACACCCCAUUUUCGUGUAUAAUGAUAAAAGAAGAAUUUUUCAUCUUUUUCUUUACGCUUUAUCAAACGGACCACCCUCACCGACACCGUUUAUGAUUCCCCAGGCUCAAAAGCCAAUGGCUGGCACUCAUUGUGUCUUUUCAUGGCCUAUGUGGGACAUGCCUAGUUGUUGAGAGAGGCACUGCUGUCAUCCUAGAAAGAAGGGCCCCCCUACCCCCACCCUAUUUGUCUGUAAACGGCACGAGUAGUCCCAAUUCUCUUUGAUUCAUUGAUUCGUAUUGAUGUUAAGUGUACACAGAUUUCUCGUAGAUAAUGACAGUUAAUUCUUACCUAAUC